UCCUCCACUUUUCUUCUACAACCCCUUUAAAUACCGCAAAAGUUGAACAUCAAAGUUACUAUCAACGGCAACUUGGCAACGGAGUUUAUAGAUGACAAUUUUCAGCAACUGCAACGGGAACUUCAUUGUCAACACCAAGUUUAUAAAUCCCACUUAACCUCGGGCUAACGUUUUUGAAAGUUGUAAAAUUCAAAUUUUGGCGCGUAAUUUUUUACUUUAAUUUGAAAAAAUCAAGUAGGUGCCUGUCAGUCCGUAAACUGAAAAUGUCUAAAACGACACUGCUUUCAGGCUGCUUAUCAGCCUCAACCACGAUAAUAAAAAGACUCAGCUCCUCAAAAAGCGACCUUAAAGCCGUCCUCGCCGCCAAAAUCCCCAAAGAACAAGAAAAAAUCAAAGCUUUCCGGAAAAGCCACGGCAAAUCCUCAGUCGGCGAAGUCACAGUCAACAUGGUUUAUGGCGGAAUGCGAGGAAUCAAGGGCAUGCUGUGCGAAACCUCGCACCUAGACCCUAACGAAGGCAUCAGAUUCCGCGGCUACACCAUUCCCGAGUGCCAGGAGAAGCUCCCGAAGGCUAGCGGCGGCGGCGAGCCGCUCCCUGAAGGGCUCUUCUGGCUGCUCGUCACCGGAGACAUCCCCACGCAGGACCAGGUGAAGGGUCUAUCCCAAGACUGGGCUCGUCGUGGUCAAUUACCCCCGCACGUGUGCAACCUCUUGAAACAGUGCCCCAAGCACGUCCACCCCAUGAGUCAACUCAGUGCCGCUUGCACUGUCCUCAACACCGAAAGCGAGUUCGUCAAGGCGUACAACAAGGGGGUGAAGAAAACCCAGUACUGGGAGUCCACCUACGAAGACGCUAUGAAUCUCAUCGGGAAAGUGAUCGGGAUCGCGGCCCUCAUUUACCAGAAUACCUUCAAGGGUACUACGGACCUGCGUCCCAUCGAUGCCAGCCACGACUGGAGCUUGAACUUUUGCAAUUUGUUGUGUUACGACGACCCGACUUUUGCGGAACUCAUGAGGUUGUACCUCACGAUUCACAGCGACCAUGAAGGUGGGAACGUGUCCGCCCAUACUACCCAUCUGGUGGGGUCGGCGCUGAGCGACGCCUACCUUUCGUACGCGGCUGGGAUGAACGGACUCGCGGGUCCUUUGCACGGUUUGGCCAACCAGGAGGUACUAGUCUGGAUUAUGAAGCUGCAUAAAGAACUAGGGGAUGACCCGUCGGACGAGCAAGUCAAAACUUUCGCUGAAAAUACCUUGAAGAGUGGGCAAGUCAUCCCGGGUUAUGGACACGCCGUUCUGAGAAAAACAGACCCGAGGUUUAUGUGUCAGCAGGAGUUCGCUCGCAAGCAUUUCCCUGAUGACCCUCUCUUCAAGAUAGUCACGCAGGUGUUCAAGGUGGUUCCUCCUCUUUUGCAAGGCUUGGGGAAGGUGCAGAACCCUUGGCCCAACGUGGAUGCCCAUUCGGGGGUACUUUUGCAGUACUACGGGCUCACGGAGAUGAGCUACUACACUGUGUUGUUUGCGGUUUCUCGGUGUUUGGGCGUCAUGGCUUCGUUGAUUUGGGCCCGGGCUUUGGGUCUUCCCAUCGAGCGACCCAAAUCUCUAAGCACUGAUCUCCUGAUGAAGGCAGUGGGUGCGUCUUCCAAAGGUAGUAAAAAAGAGGAUAAGAAAAAGUGUUAGUUGUAUUUUUCUUC